AUGUACCACUGCGCUCGUGGUAUUUUCUCAUCGACAACUCACCAGCGCAUCGCACUCAACAGUUUUUUGAAGAAUUGUAUCCAAAUGUUGGAUCAUCCACCAUACAGCCAUGACUUGAUUCCAGGCGAUUUUUUGUUUGCUUGCGAAGUUACAGCUGAAAGUACACAGUUGCCCACGCGGGACAAUCGCGCUGUUUCCAACAGUCAAUUGAUAAAUUCGCUGAAUGUAUGCUUGAAGCCCGCUAAAUAG